AUGACUCUUCGUUUUUUUCUCUUCUUCUCCAUACUCACCACAGUUUCCAUCGCUCUCCCAUACGGUAUCUCCUACCACAUUGACUGUGGCACUCCAACAAACACCACCGACUCCUUCAACACAACCUGGCUCUCCGACCGUUUCUUCACCGGAGGAACUACCGGGAUCGUCUCUGAGCCUCUCCGCUUCCACCACCGUCACGAGAAGACUCUCCGCUUCUUUCCUAUUUCCUCCGGCAAGAAGAACUGCUACACAGUUCCUUUACUCUCCACCUCCUCACGCUACCUUGUCCGCACCUUUGUUGUCUACGAUAACUACGACGGCAAGUCUCACCCUCCCUCCUUUGACGUCUCCGUCUCUGGCACCGUCGUCUUUUCCUGGCGUUCUCCCUGGCCUCAAUCCCUCGCCCGUGACGGAGCCUAUGCUGACCUAUUCGCUUCCUUUCAAGAACAAGCCCUAAUCUGCUUCUACAGCUUCGCCACCGAUCCUCCCGUCGUUUCCUCGCUUGAGCUCUUUGCCGUCGAUCCCGCAUCUUACGAUUCCGCUUUCGUUGCCAUCAAUGAUACCAUACUUGUCAACUAUGGUCGACUCUCUUGCGGAUCUAAUCAGUGGGGUCCGGGCUUCACCAACGAUGCGGACAGGUUUGGAAGGUCGUGGCAAUCCGAUUCCGAGUAUCGAACCGGCCGGAACAAGGUAGUUGCGGUAUCCACCAGGAGUAGUAUUCUGAGAGCUGAUCAGAAGCCCAAUUACUUCCCGACCAAGCUGUACCAAACAGCAGCAACUACGGCGGAGACUGCCGAGGAGGGCGGUGGCGUGUUGGAGUACGAAUUGAGCGUGGAUGCUAAAUUGGAUUACCUUGUGUGGCUGCAUUUUGCCGAGAUUGAGGAUAGGGUGAGGAAGGUUGGAGAGAGGGUGUUUGAUGUGUUCAUCAAUGGUGACAAUCUGACAAGAGUGGAUAUUUACAAGCAAGCCGGAGGUUUAGCUGCAUUUACUUGGCAUCACACGGUGAAAAAUUUGAGUAGCAGCUCGUUGAGUGUGAAGCUUGUUGGAGUUGUGGGUGCACCUCUCAUUUGCGGGAUUGAGAAUUAUGCUUUGGUCCCUGGAGAUCCUUCUACAGUUCCUCAGCAAGCGAUUGCCAUGAAAGCAUUGAAGGAUUCUCUUCGAGUUCCCGAAAGAAUGGGUUGGAAUGGUGAUCCAUGUGCUCCUACUAAUUGGGAUGCUUGGGAGGGAGUUACCUGCCGUAUGAGUAAGGAUAAUACUGCUCUUGUCAUAAGUCAAAUAGAUCUGGGCAGUCAAGGCUUGAAAGGGUUCAUAAGCGACCAGAUUAGUCUUUUGUCGGACUUGGUAAGCCUGAACUUGAGCUCUAAUUUGUUGGUGGGUGAAGUACCGUCUGGCCUCGGUCAAAAAUCCCUUAUACACCUGGACUUGUCCAACAAUCAAUUAACAGGCUCAAUUCCAGAUAGUAUAGCUUCUUCAAGUUUGCAGCUUGUGCUAUUGAAUGGUAACUUAUUGGAAGGACAAGUGCCGGAUGAACUCUAUUCUAUUGGUGUGCAUGGUGGAGCCAUUGACCUCUCCAGCAACAAAGGUUUGUGCGGUGUACCAUCUCUGCCAGCUUGUCCUAUGUUUUGGAAGAAUGGAAGAUUAUCUACCGAUGGAAAAAUUGCUAUAGGCUUGUCUUGUCUUUUUGUUUUCUGUUUAACACUACUGCUGGUCUAUAUCUAUAUCAGGAGGAGAAGGAAUGAUUAUGACUUUGCUCUACCUCAUGAAUUAACAGCAUUAGCCGCCAAAAGAAACCGAUAUCAGAGGCAAAAAUCCUUGAUGGUUCUUGAGAUGGAGAGUCAACACGCAAAGGGACUGCCUUCACCUUCUGUCACACAAUAA